GAACAGCCCUGGCUGAGUAUUGAAGAAUAAGCACUAAAUACAAACUAUGGACAAGGACAAAAAUUCAGACUACGAUUCCCAAGAUGAAGAGAGCUCAUUUUCUGAGUCACAGACUCAUGGAGCAUUCCACAAUCACUUCAUUGAGUCUGUUCGGCCUUUGAUUGAGUUGAUUGACUCUCUGAAGUUGAUCGGCCUUGAUGAAGAUAUUGGUCUACCAUCCAUUGCGGUGGUGGGAGAUCAGAGUUCUGGAAAGAGUUCUGUUUUGGAGGCACUUUCUGGGGUGGCUCUACCUCGAGGAAGUGGUAUUGUCACUCGCUGUCCUCUUGAGCUGAAAUUGCAGAAGCUCAAAAAUGGACCAUGGUCGGGGAUCAUUUCUUACAGUGGUCACAGAGAGACCUUUAAUGACCCGUUAAAAGUGGAUACGCUUGUUAGAGAAGCUCAAAACAAGCUUGCUGGAAAAGCAGUUGGAAUCUGUGAUGAACUCAUCACUUUGGAGAUUUCAUCUCCGGAUGUGUGUGACCUCACUCUGAUCGAUCUGCCUGGUAUAACCCGUGUACCUGUGCAUGAUCAGCCUGAGGAUAUUGGAGAUCAGAUCAAAACUUUGAUACUGAAAUAUAUUGCAAAAAGUGAAACCAUCAUAUUAGUUGUUGUGCCCUGCAAUGUUGACAUUGCAACAACGGAAGCACUAAGAAUGGCGCAAAAAGUAGACCCAGAAGGACUCAGAACUCUAGCAAUUCUCACAAAACCAGACCUCAUCGACAGAGGAGCUGAGAUUGAAGUUUUGAACAUUGUUCAGGGCAAAGUCAUUCCUCUCAGCAAGGGCUACAUUAUUGUGCGAUGUCGUGGUCAGAGUGACAUCAAUGACAGAAUUCCUUUUGAUAAAGCCAUGGAGGCUGAACUGAAAUUCUUCAGGAACCACCAUUAUUUCAGCUCAUUACUGGAUGACGGUAAAGCAUCUGCUCAAUGCCUGGCAGACAAGCUGACCAAAGAACUGGCCGAUCAUAUUAAGAAAUCACUUCCAUCCUUGACUGAGCAGAUUCAAACUAGGCUACUCAGUGUGCAACGAGACCUUAAAAACUAUGAGCAGGGUCCACCUCUGGAAGAAGAGAUGAUGGGACCUUUUCUCAGUGAGAUUAUCUUGGUGUUCAGUGAUCAAAUAAAUGAACUGAGUAGAACAGGACAUUCAAAAGACAAAAACAUUUACAUAAGCCUACGUCCUAUAUUCAAGAAAUGGGACAUCUACCUAAGAAGCACUGAAGUAUCAUUCAAAGCAAGAGUGACAGAAAUGAUAGAAAAGUAUAAUGAGAUCCAUCGGGGCAGAGAAUUGCUAACAUUCAGUGAGUUCUGUGAAUAUGAAUGUGUCAUCCAAAACCACGUGGCAGCCCUUCAAGAGCCAGCCAUGGCAACACUGAAAGAUGUACGAGAGAUUGUUCAGAAUGUGUUCAGGGAGGUAUGUUAUUUGUCUUUUGACCAGUACCCUCCAAUGAGAUACAUUGUCUCUAACAUGAUUAAUGACAUUCAGACAAAGCAAGAGGCCAAAGCAGAGAAAAGAAUUAAAGAGUUCAUUAAUAUGGAGAAACUGGUCUUUACUCAGGACAAGGUAUUACAACAGAAACUCAAUGACUCUGACAUCCCUCAAAAGACUGGGAUAGAAACAAGUGACAAGAAUCACUGUGAUGAUGACACAAUAUUUAACUCAAAAGGAUGUGCAUUGUUGGAUACGAGAAAUCUUGUACCAGAGAAACUGGUUCUCUAUUAUGAGAUCAUCUAUCAACGCCUCACAGACUAUGUGCCCAUGCUGAUAAUCCUCUUCAUGCUGAAGGAUGCAGCAAAGACAUUGCGGCAUCAAAUGCUGGAACUGAGGAAUGGAGCGGAUGUGGUGAAACUGCUGAGUGAAGACUCAGAGCACGGACGCAUGAGAGCGGAUUUAAAGCAGCGUCUGGAGCGCCUCACACAAGCUCAAGACCUGAUAAGCAACAGACUCUGAGAGAGCUUUAUAAAACAUCAGGGAUAUAAAUGUAGCAUCAGAAAAUAAUCAGCUACAGAUUGUCAGACCACUUUCUAAUACAGCAUGGAUUUAGCAACAGGGAUAAAUAAAUGUUUUAAUUUCACAAAAUUAGUAAAUAAACAA